UCCGCCGGAAAGAAGUCAUUCCUCUAUCGGGCUAUUCAACCAUCAAGUCUUGCUGAAUCUCCAGAGGGUGUUGAAGUAUUUUUGACAACUUUAUCAACAUUGUUGUCACCAAGUGCUGAGGAGACUACUCGUUCUCAGUUAUUGUCUUGGUUGGAUUCUAAACUAGAGUUUCGCCUUCGUGGUUUCUUCUCAUUAGGAGUCUGCAUGGAAGGUGUAUGUCAACUUGCAUCAAGCCUCUUUGGUCUUCGUUUGGAAGUUGAACCUGCUCUACCCGGUGAAGUCUGGCAUUCCGAUGUUGUCAAGGUCACCGUUUACGCCGAAGAACCCCAGGUAGCAGAAGGGAGCAAUUCGGUGCACCCCUGGGAGGCUCGCUAUCCUAUUGGUCCUGGGGUCAAAAUAGGCACUAUCUACUGUGACUUCUUCACUCGACCUGGAAAGUUGCCUAUGGAUUGCCACUACACAGUAAGGGGCGGUCGCCACACAGAGAAUACCAUGUUCGAAUCCCACUCACCUUACCAAUUCCCCAUCGUGGUAAUCCAGCUAAAUCUUGGCCCGUGUCCCUCGGAAAACAAUGAGGGUGCUCCCACUCUGCUUACUCCGGGUCAAGUGGAAAAUCUUUUUCACGAGUGGGGUCACGCUUUACACUCGGUUCUGGGUCGAACGAGAUAUCAGCACGUCACUGGCACCAGGUGCAGUACAGAUCUAGCAGAACUUCCCUCCACUCUAAUGGAACAUUUCGCUCUGGACACUCGUGUUACAGCUCAAUACGCGCGUCACUUUGAGACAGGAGAAGCUCCAAAUUCCGCAGAAGACGUGAAAGCUCUUCUUCAUCUCAACGCCAGUCGAGGCUAUGGCCAGAGUGUGGAAGUUAUGCUCCAAUUGAUGUACUCUAUGCUCGAUCAGCGUCUUCACAGCGAUGCACCUGCAAAAAUUCUUGCUCCCUUCCAGACUGGAAUGAAUGGACCACCUUCCGCGAGAUUAUUUAACAGUCUUUUGAAGGAGCACUGCGGUUCUUGGUUGUCAGUGGAAUUACCUCAACAAUUGGCUCACUUGCCUGUGGCGACAACACAUCGUUUUGGGCAUUUGUACAGUUAUGGAGGGAGGUACUAUUCGUAUUUAAUGGCUCGCGCUGCUGCAGGUCUGACUUGGAGGAAGGGGUUUGCGGCAGAUCCGUGGUCUUCCAGCUUUGGCAGAAAAUAUCGCGAUGCCUUGCUUCGACACGGAGGUGAACGCAGACCUCAGGAGAUGUUAUCCCAACUUCUGGGUGAGGAAGAAAAAGAGGAUAUGAGGCGACUGGCACAGGGUCUGUGCGAGGACAUCGUUGCUAGCGAGGAGACUGCUCGAGUGGUCCUGUCUCGAGCUCAGAAUCCCUCCUUGAGUCGUGUUCGUUGA